CCUUCUUUUCUGUGACAAAAAGGAAAUCAUCACAUAAGGCAUGCACUAUUGGCAGUUCCAUCUUUCAUUUCCUAAUUCCUCCUACCACCACCUUACUUUCCUCCAUUUCCAUUUAAUAUAUUAUUCUCCUAAUCUUUCUCCCUCCAUCUCUAUCUUAUAACUGAAAUUUGAUCCAAUUCUCCAUUUGGGUUUUGAGAGUUUCCCUUAAAAUUUGAGAUAAGUUGCUGGAACCAAAAGAUGCAUGGAGAAAUAGGUUGCUUUGAUACCAACUCCAUGGUGCAAGGAGCAGAUGAUGGAAUUGGCCAGGUUUUGCAACCUCCACCUCCUCCACCACCCAUGGCAGGGCGUACCAUAAAUAUCCAUAAUGGCUUUGAAGAGAAUCUCAAGAUGUCCACAGAAGAGCUAGAGAAUCUCAAGUUGUCCAAAGAAGGGCUAUCUUACCACCAUAGCUAUCUUCAUCACCAAGAAGAGGAUACUUCUGCUGCCAGAGAAAUCCAACUUCAGAAUCAUCAGCAGAUGGCUUUUAAUAAUACCCAUUUGAUGCAAGAUUCUUCAAAUCAAGUUUUGGCUUUCACUUCAUCUUCUUUGGCAGAUGCAUCGACCUACACUUCAACAGCGGACCUUUUCAAUCUUUUCCACUUACCCAGAUGCUCAGCUUCCUCUUUGCUCCCAAAUUCUUCCAUCUCCUUCACAAACCCUACACAUACAACUCCACUAGGCUUUGCUGGAGAUCUUCCAAUGACAGAUACAGCAUCUGCCUCCUCCAUUCUCUAUGACCCACUUUUCCACCUGAACCUUCCCCCACAACCUCCUUUAUUCAGGGAAUUAUUUCAAUCUCUACCUCCACAUGGAUACUCGUUGCCUGACUCGAGAGGCAGCUCCUUGUUUGCUGGUGAAGGAGAUGAUCACGUUGAGGGAAGUGGAGGAGGAGGAGAAGGAGGUCUUUACCAAGAUGGGGAUGGUGAGCAGCAGUUUGAUAAUGGAGUUCUGGACUUCACAUGGGACAUGGCUUGUAUGGGUAAAGAUAGAGAAGCUGGGAAAAUGACCAAACACUUUGCCACUGAACGCCAAAGGAGACAACACCUGAAUGACAAGUACCGGGCCUUGAGAGAUUUGGUUCCUAACCCUACCAAGAGUGAUAGAGCAUCUGUGGUUGGAGAUGCAAUAGAUUACAUAAAAGAACUUCUUCGAACAGUAGAUGAGCUGAAAAUACUAGUGGAGAAAAAGAGAUGUGCAAGAGAGAGGAGCAAGAGACUCAAAACUGAAGAUGAUUCCAUAGGGAAUACUGGUAAUGAAAGUUGUUCUACAGUAAUGAAGUCUAUUGGUGACCCAGAUCAGUCCUUCAAUAAUGGAUCAUUAAGAAGCUCUUGGCUUCAAAGAAAAUCCAAGGACUCAGAGAUUGAUGUUAGAAUAAUAGAUGAUGAAGUUACUAUCAAACUUGUUCAGAGAAAGAAGAUCAAUUGCUUGUUGUAUGUAUCCAGAGUUGUUGAUGAACUUAAGCUUGAUCUCCAUCAUGUUGCUGGUGGCCAGAUUGGUGACUACUACAGCUUUCUGUUUAAUACCAAGAUAUAUGAAGGUUCUUCAGUUUAUGCAAGUGCCAUAGCAAACAAGCUGAUUGAGGUGGUGGACAGACAUUAUGCAUCAACUCCAUCUACAACUCCAUCUACAAGUUGCUAUUAGUGCUUUGUUUAUAUAGAAAAUAGCCUGUUUGAGACAAUUAAAAUUUCAUAUAGAAGGGCUUAAUUAUGGAAGUGCUUAAUUAAAUAAGAGUAGAUGUACUGUUUGAGACAAUUAAACAUUAAAUUUCAAGAUUCAAGAUAUUGCCAAUGAGAAGCUAAUUGCUUUGAAUUUAAGAGUUCA